AUGGAGUCUGCAGCUUCCCUGCGUGUCUCCCUGCCGGACCCCCUGCUCUUCUUCCCCCUCCUUGGCCUCCAAAGUCUGUCUGCGCUGGUCUCAGCCCAGUUCACGGUCGUGGGGCCCGAGGAGCCCAUCCUGGCCCUGGUUGGGGAGCGCGCCGUGCUCAGCUGCCGCCUGUCGCCGGAGAAGAGCGCCGAGGACAUGGAGGUGCGGUGGUGCCGGGCCCGGCUCUCCCCGGCCGUACUGGUGUAUGUGGACGGGCGGGAGCGGCCCGAGGAGCAGAUGGCUCAGUACCGCGGACGGACCACCUUUGUGAGCGAGGACAUCGGCCAGGGGAGGGUGGCCCUCGUCAUUCACAACGUCACAGCCCACGACGACGGCACCUACCGCUGCUAUUUCCAGCGAGGCCGGUCCUACGACCAGGCCGCCAUGCGCCUGGUGGUGGCAGGCCUGGGCUCCACGCCCCUCAUCGAGAUGCAGGACCACGAGGAGGGGGGUAUCCGGCUGGAAUGCACGUCGGAAGGCUGGUACCCUGAGCCGCACGCCGUGUGGAGGGACCCGUACGGCGAGGUCACGCCCGCCCUGGAGGAGGCUUACGCCCAGGAUGCUGACGGCCUCUUCAGGGUCACCCUGGCCGUGAUCGUCACGGACAGCUCCGUGAGGAACAUGUCCUGCUCCGUCAACAACACGCUGCUGGGCCAGGAGAAGGACUCUGUGAUCUUCAUUCCAGAACCCUUGGUCCCCAGCACGGCUCCCUUCCCCUGGAUGGGGGCCCUGGCUGUGGUCCUGCCUGCUCUGCUCCUCCUCCUCAUCACCCUCGGCAGCAUCUGUCUCGCCAGGAAAGUCCGCAGGAGAAAAGAAGCUCUAGCCCUGGAGAAAGAUCUUAAAAAUAAAGAGAAAGAAAUGGCACGUAAGGACUGGGGGAAGAGCAUGUGGGAAAAGAGAGAAAGAACAUCUAACAAAAAGCAACUUCAAGAAGAAUUGCGAUGGAGAAGAGGCCUCCUGCACGCAGCCGACGUGGUGCUGGACCCGGACACGGCGCACCCCGAGCUGUUCCUGUCGGCGGACCGGCGCAGCGUGCGGCGGGGCCCGGGGCGGCAGCGCCUGCCCGACUCCCCCGCCCGGUUCGACUGCCAGCCGUGCGUGCUGGGCGCGCCGCGCCUGGGCCCCGGGCGGCACUGCUGGGAGGUGGACGUGGGGGACGUGCGCGCCUGGUCCGUGGGCGUGUGCGCCGAGGGCGCGGCGCGGCGCGGCGCGGCCCCGCUGGCCCCGCAGCACGGCUUCUGGGCGCUCGAGAGCUUCGAGGGCCGCUGCCGGGCGCUGGCCUCGCCGGAGUGCGUGCUGCCCGUGCGGCAGCGCCUCCGCCGCGUGGCCGUGUUCCUGGACCACGAGGCCGGCGACGUGACCUUCUACGACGCGCGGGACCGCUCGCACCUUUACAGCUGCCCGCGCGCGCCCUUCACGGGGCCGCUGCGGCCCUUCGUCCGGGUGGCCUCGGACGACGGCGCCCUGGCCGUCUGCCCCGCGUUCACGGGCUCACGGGGCCUGCCGGUGCCGGAGGGCGGCCUGGUGCUCCACCGGCCGGGGGCCCCGCGCAGCCAGGAGGAGUAG